AUGUUUCGAAAAGCAAUUUUACUGGCCUCACUAUUAAUUGCUACCGUGGUCUUCUACAGCUUACACUCUGUUCCCUCAGAUCAAGCGCAGUUUCAUCCGACUGUACUGGAGGAUUUCGAAAAUAAUGACACGCGAGCUGCUGCCCCUUUGGUCCUGGCGCCACCACUCCGCACUUCCGGACGAUACAUAGUGGACAAUGAUGGUCAGAGGGUGAAAUUAGCUUCCAUCAACUGGUAUGGUGCAUCCGACAUCUUCCAUGUCGCCGGUGGACUGGAUAUCAGACAUCGAGACGAGAUUGCAGCGACGAUACGCAGCAUGGGAUUCAACUCUGUGCGAUUUCCCUAUUCCGACCAAAUGGUCAUGGAGAAUCGCAUUAUCCCUGUAGAACUCAUCGCCGCGAAUUUGGAUCUUCUCGAUGACUACGACCUCAAGCAACCUCAUAAAGAAUUACACCUUCAGAAAAAUAAUGACAUUACCGGACCGAGAGCACUGGAUGUCUUCAACGCCUGCGUCGAAAGUCUAACAAAAGCCGGUCUGGCGGUGAUAAUCAACGACCACAUCACCAAUGCACAUUGGUGUGAUGGAUUCAAUCUCUGUGAUUCCUCGUGGAAGAAUGAUCAUCUUGGAUUCUGUAAAAUAAAGCAAACAACCGAAAGCUGGAUUGCCAAUUGGCAGACGAUCAUGCGGCCGUUUAUAGACAAUCCGCUGGUUGUGGGUGCGGAUUUACGAAAUGAACCUCGAGGACUCUGGGGUACCAUGACGUGGAAUAGUUGGGCUACUGCCGCUGAGAAAGCUAGCGAGGCGUUGUUGGAAAUGCAGCCAAAUUGGUUGAUGAUUGUUGAAGGCACGAGCAGCGCAAACGAUUGCUCAGGAGCGAAAGCCAGACCAGUGGAAUUAUCCCUCCCCAAUCGUCUGGUAUACAGCGCCCACGUCUACAGCUGGAGCGGCUGGGGCUCCAUCCCUUCGGUACCAUACAGCAAACGCCCCUACGAGAGUUUUGCCAAAGAUAUGCAUCGCAAAUGGGGCUAUCUGCUCGACAACGACAUCGCUCCCGUGUGGGUCGGAGAGUUUGGUACAAACUCAGAUGCUGAUGACCAAGGGGCUCGCCAUUAUUGGGAGUCCUUGAUGAAGAGUCUCACUUCUUAUGAUGCUGAUUGGGGAUAUUGGGCUUUGAAUCCUAGGAAGCCGGAGAAUAAUGAUAUUGAGUCCUAUGGUCUGCUGAUGGAUGAUUGGAAGACGCCUGUGAAGGAUUGGCGUCUUGCCAGCUUGCAAAAGUUGAUGAAAGCCUCAAAGUUAGAAGGACAGGCUAUGCAGUACAUUGCGACGAAUUUACGACGUAUAUGA